GAUCCUUCCGGGCUUCCCCCGGGACCCGCGGCGCUGACGUUCCGCCGCGCGCGCGACGGCCGCCGUCCCCACGCGCCUGUCCUCAGGGGGAAGAAGACACGCGAGGCUCGUGGGAAGCGUGCUUGGCAAUAGUUCUCACCCCCCCCCACACACACACACCCGCUCCCAAUCGCCGAGGAGUCCGUGGGCAUUGCUGUGCAAGAUGGCGUUCCAAGGAUAUCAUUCAUCUGAAAUAUAUCAUUAAAUUCAUCUUCCAUUAAAAAAGCAGACCAAGAUAAACCAGGAAAUGAAGAGAAAUGCUGAGUGUUUGCUAAAUCAAGGCACGCCGGCUGCAUCCAUGUUACAAGAAACCCCAUUUGACAACUUGUGUCUGACAUCUCAAGCUGUUCUUGAGAGAGCCCAAAAACAAGGAAGAUCAAAAUGCCCCAGAUGUCACAGCUCGAGGAUGUUCUACUGCUAUUCAUGUUAUGUUCCAGUUGAAACUGUCCCUGUUGAAGAUAUUCCUAUUGUGAAGCUUCCCUUGAAGAUUGAUAUAAUUAAGCAUCCCAAUGAAACGGAUGGUAAAAGUACAGCUGUACACGCCAAGCUUCUGGCCUCUGAAGAUGUUACCAUUUAUACAUAUCCGUGUAUUCCCGACUAUGAAGAAAUGCAACAUGAAAUUGCACUUAUUUUUCCUGGACCUAAUUCAAUUUCAAUAAGCAACAUUCCUCUCUCUUUGCAAGCAAAAUGUAAGAUGGACACCAAGGGCUUAUUAGCAGAACCAGCACCCAAGUCUGCAAAAUGGGACCCAAGCCACAAUAGCAUCAUGAGUGAAGAUAAAUUGCCCAAGAGCGGAAAUGCACUGAAAAAAAUUGUAUUUAUCGACAGCACAUGGAAUCAAACAAACAAGAUAAUCACAGAUGCGCGGCUUCAAGGGUUGCUACAAAUCGAACUGAAAUCUAGGAAAACCUCCUUUUGGCGCCAUCAGAAAGGAAAACCAGAAACUUACCUCUCUACCAUUGAAGCGAUUUAUUACUUUCUAGUAGACUAUCACAAGGAGGUCUUAAAAGAAAAAUAUGACGGACAAUACGACAAUUUGCUUUUCUUCUUCUCAUUUAUGUACAGGCUGAUCAGGAAAGCCAAGGACUCUGCAGGGAAAAAGUGAAGCGUUCCUCAUGCAAAUGUCCCAAAAGGAACGGUGAUCCAUUACCCUUUAAAAUCAGUCCUUUAAUUAAGAUUCGAAUGACUGAAAUUGAUUUACAAGGCUUAUAGUUGCUGUCUUCUAAAUCUAAACUAAAUCCAAACUUCUACAGACAAAACGUACAACUGUUAAGGGAAGACUAUCCAAAACAAAGCUGGACUUGUGACAUCUAAAUAGAUUUUUUUUUUAAAUUUGUUGAACAAUACAAUUACCAGCUUGAAUUUUGUAUUUAAAGUUAGCAGAAACUUCAUUUGUUAGUUUCAUUAUGCAGGGUUACUCUCUGGAGUAUCAAGGAAGACUCUGGGUGAUUUUACUACCUAUUAAAAAUUGUUAGAAUUACUUCAUUUCACCUCCCAAUUCCACCUCCAAAGGGAAGCCAGGCUAAAAUAUUCAGCUCAAUGCUAACAGUGAACACGAUUAGGACUGAAUUAAAUUGCCAAAUUGCUUAAAUAUGUUCCACUACUGAUUGCUUAUAGGUCUGAACCAAGGUUUCCUUCUAAAACAGGGGUGUCCAACCUUGGCUAGUUUAAGACCUGUGAACUUCAACUCCCAGAAUUCCCUAGCCAGCCUUGUUUUAUGUAGUGCUUUCUUUUGCUGCAUACACGCUUCAGAAAAAGGUCAUAUUUCUCAGAUCAGUUUCUGGAGGGUGGGGAAGGGUGUUUCCCAACCUAUAAGGGACAGGACUAACAUUUCCUUACUUUUUGUGAAUUUUUUUUUAAUGAACACAAUACAAUUUAUGGAAAAUUAACACACCUGUUAUGCUUAAUAUUAAAAAAGUGAAACUUGUACCAUCAAAAAUUGGCAGUCUUGAUUAAAGCUCGCAAAUGGCUUAUCUGCGAGGUCUAGAAGAUACCUUUAGUUAUCUUGCUUAAUACUGGUAGAUAUUACAGUCCUUUCUAAAUUGCUACUUUAUUUAUGGAAGCCAGCAUAGGGAUUGGUCCUUAAUGCUUUCUUUGCACAGGAGCAUAUCAUUUGCUCCUAAGAUUGGGACCUGCAGCAAAAUAACAAUUUCAGAAGUUCAAGGCAGAAUACACACUCCUUUCUCACUCCAGUGUAUAAACAUAGCUGCAAUCAAACAUGCAUAGAAGCUACAAUAAAGCUUAUUGGAGGAUGCAUCGUGCAUCUUAAAUCAUACAUGUUCUACAAAGCUGCAUAUGUAAUGAUUCAAAUGAUAAAUAUCCUUCAGAGUCAUCUGUUUAAUAAACCAAAAAAGUGAAAAUGC